GCCCAAGGGGACCUGCGUUAAAUCAGGCUGCUACCGAACAGUUUCCUUCCUCUCUGAGCAAGAUGGCUGGGGGUGAGGUUGGAGUGACUCUCGGGCAGCCACAUCUUUCCCGACAGGAUCUUGCCACAUUGGACGUCACCAAGUUGACACCACUUUCACAUGAAGUUAUCAGCAGACAAGCUACAAUUAAUAUUGGUACAAUUGGCCAUGUAGCUCAUGGGAAGUCCACUGUGGUAAAGGCUAUUUCUGGAGUUCACACCGUCAGAUUCAAAAAUGAACUAGAAAGAAACAUUACCAUCAAGCUUGGAUAUGCCAAUGCUAAGAUUUAUAAACUUGAUGACCCAAGUUGUCCUAGACCAGAAUGUUACAGGUCAUGUGGCAGUAGUACACCGGAUGAGUUUCCCACGGACAUCCCUGGAACCAAAGGGAACUUCAAAUUAGUCAGGCAUGUUUCCUUUGUUGACUGUCCUGGCCAUGAUAUUUUGAUGGCUACAAUGUUGAACGGCGCAGCAGUGAUGGAUGCAGCUCUUCUGUUGAUAGCUGGUAAUGAAUCAUGCCCUCAGCCUCAGACUUCUGAACACCUGGCUGCCAUAGAAAUCAUGAAACUCAAGCAUAUUUUGAUCUUACAGAAUAAAAUUGAUCUGGUAAAAGAAAGUCAGGCUAAGGAACAAUAUGAGCAGAUUCUUGCAUUUGUACAAGGAACAGUGGCAGAAGGAGCGCCAAUUAUUCCAAUCUCUGCUCAGCUGAAAUACAAUAUUGAAGUUGUCUGUGAGUACAUAGUGAAGAAAAUACCAGUGCCCCCAAGAGACUUUACUUCAGAGCCCCGUCUCAUUGUUAUCAGGUCAUUUGAUGUCAACAAACCUGGCUGUGAAGUUGAUGACCUUAAGGGAGGUGUAGCGGGUGGUAGUAUUCUGAAAGGAGUCUUAAAGGUAGGCCAGGAGAUAGAAGUGAGACCGGGUAUUGUUUCCAAAGAUAGUGAAGGAAAGCUCAUGUGUAAGCCAAUCUUUUCCAAAAUUGUAUCACUGUUUGCGGAACAUAAUGAUCUUCAGUAUGCCGCCCCAGGUGGUCUCAUUGGAGUUGGAACAAAGAUCGACCCCACUUUGUGCAGAGCUGACAGGAUGGUGGGACAAGUGCUUGGUGCUGUUGGAGCUUUACCUGAAAUAUUCACGGAACUGGAAAUUUCCUAUUUCCUGCUUAGACGUCUCCUGGGUGUACGAACUGAAGGAGACAAGAAAGCAGCAAAGGUCCAAAAGCUGUCUAAGAAUGAAGUGCUUAUGGUCAAUAUAGGAUCCCUGUCAACAGGAGGAAGAGUUAGUGCUGUCAAGGCUGAUUUGGGCAAGAUUGUUUUGACUAAUCCUGUGUGCACAGAAGUAGGAGAAAAAAUUGCUCUUAGCCGAAGAGUUGAGAAACAUUGGCGUUUAAUUGGUUGGGGUCAGAUAAGAAGAGGAGUGACCAUUAAGCCGACUGUAGAUGAUGACUGAGGAGUCCAAUUUAAACGAUGCCUUGGGAUGGAGUUCGAAUUUCUUUUAAUAGCCUAGGGUAUAUUUUCAAAGCAAUACUAGCGAAUUACUUUCGUAGCUCAUUACCUUGGUAGUAGCUGUAAGACUAUUCUCAUAUUUUGGUGAUGAAAAUAGGGCCCACAAGAAAAUGUGAAAAGUGGUAUACUAUAUACUACAUUGGAUUAAAUCUACAUUUUAGCAGAAGUUAAGCAUUCCAAAAUCAUGCCUAAUUUAUCAAUCAGUGAAAUUUGGAGUGAAACUUCACUACAACCAACCAGCCUUUGCUAUAGCACACCUAUCAUGAACCUAUCAGAGUGAAAAUGUUCUCAUUUUCCCUGAUUUCUCUGUGAGGGGCCCCAUAGUGAGGGACAGUUGUCCUCCUAUUUGCUAUUCUGUUAUCUGAAAUUCGAAGGGAAAAGAAGACCAAUGAGCUCAAAUGAGCAAGGCUCUUAGAAAUUGAGUGCUCACUCCCUUGCCACAGGCGGACCUUUCCUCUUCUCUUUUUCCUGGAUGGGACCAUAGGACUCCAGCAUCAGAAGUUCUCGCCCUCUUCCAGUGCCCUGAGACUGUGUCUUUCUUAUGCCUAAAAUCUCAGUCUUCCCUCACUUGCAAAUAGUAUUAUAACAAUGGAUGAUUAAUGGUAGUUGACAAAGUUCUGUCCAGGUUGUGUUUUCUGGGAUCUUUGUUUUAGUAAGCUAGGGAUGGAGCAGUCUCCUGCAUGAUGAACAAGCACUCUACUGCCCCUCGCUGUGGUACUUUUCCUUAGUUGGUAGGAUUAUGGUAUAAAUUGUGCUAUGAGUAAUCUUUGAGCCUUGGAAGAGAGAAAAAGUGUUCAAAAGCAGAGUGUAUUGGUUCUAAGUCUAUCCCCCAUGUGCCUGCAAUUUUCCUGUGCUGUACUUUUAAAUUAAUCAUGUUUUUGCUUACUUAGAUAUUCUGUGAGAGCAGUGAUUUCCAGCUCUAGCUGACAUGAGAAUUGCUGGAGAAGGUCUUUGGGGUUUUUUGUUUUGUUUUGUUUUUAUUUUUUUUAAAGGCCAGGCUAUUGUGGUGCAAGCCUCUAAUCCCAACAUAAUGAAGGCAGAGGCAGGAGGACCAGGGCAGCCAGGACAACACAGAAACCCUGUCUCAAAAAACUGGGGGUUAAAAAAAAAACUCCUCAACAUUGAGAAAGUUUAGGGAGUUAAGAAAUAUACAUACUAAAUGAUGUUACUGGCUUUUGAUAGUUUGAUCUUCUUUUGGUUUGCAUAAAAAUGGGAUUUCAUGCCACAAUUAAUUACUGUGCUGUGAUCUUUUGGAUACUGAAGCUGCCUUAUAGAGGUUUAGAACUGUGGCUGUGAGCCUUUAAGAGUUUUGAGGAAACUAUUGACAUUAUGUAUUUGAUUGACUCUGAAGGGUUGUAUUGUAGCAUGAAGAACACAUUUAAAUAAAACAAGAUUCUGAAUCAA